AUGGAGCACGACAUUGUGCGAAAGUAUUCGGACGAUCGGGUCAAAGUUUCCGGAUGGUCCGAGCGUAUCCAGCAGUAUCCAUACGAUUGUCCCUCGAGCACCGUCGGGCGUGCCGUUUACAGGACCUUCGGAUACACGACCAAACACUUUCUGCCUCGAACGAGCACUCAGGAAAUGGGCGAUGCGGUGUGGAACCGUUAUCUGGAAAAGCGUCGGCGUCAGCAUGCAUCCUCUGCGGACGAAGCGUGUGGCCGUAGAACUUCCACUCGACCCGAGGUCAACCAUUGCCCAUACAUCACCAGCUACCAGAGCGACUUCGUCGAUCGGUUUCCGGCAUUUCGAAAGUUGAUGAUGAUAAAUGCGAGCCGGGAGGGUGAGAAGUAG